GGCGGCCCCCGGGAGGGAGGCGGGAAGAGCGCUGCACUUCCGCUAGCCGGCGGCUCGCCUGCUGCUCCUGGAGGCGCCGCUGGAGCGGAGGGAGCGCGCGGCCCGGGGACCCGCAAUCCCCGGCCCCCCUCCGCCCCACGAGGCCCGGACCAUGGAUGCCAGGUGGUGGGCAGUGCUGGUGCUGGCUGCGCUCCCCUCCGCGGGGGCAGGUGGGGAGAACCCCGAAGCCCCUCCAGAGCCGUGGACCCAGCUAUGGUUCUUCCGCUUUUUGGUGAAUGCGGCUGGCUAUGCGAGCUUUAUGGUACCUGGCUAUCUGCUGGUGCAGUACUUCAGGCGGAAGAACUACCUAGAGACAGGCAGGGGUCUGUGCUUUCCCCUCGUGAAAACUUGUGUGUUUGGCAAUGAGCCUAAGGCCACGGACGAGGUUCCCCUGGCUCCCCGGUCAGAGCCAGCAGAGACCAGUCCUACUUGGCAGGCCCUGAAGCUGCUCUUCUGUGCCUCGGGGCUCCAGGUGUCUUAUCUUACUUGGGGAGUGCUGCAGGAAAGAGUGAUGACCCGCAGCUACGGGGCCACGGCCACGUCGCCAGGUGAGCGCUUCUCAGACUCACAGUUCCUGGUGCUAAUGAACCGCGUCCUGGCACUGAUUGUGGCUGGCUUCUACUGCAUCUUAUGCAAGCAGCCCCGGCAUGGGGCACCCAUGUACCGGUACUCCUUUGCCAGCCUGUCAAAUGUGCUCAGCAGCUGGUGCCAAUAUGAAGCUCUCAAGUUUGUCAGCUUCCCCACGCAGGUGCUGGCCAAGGCCUCCAAGGUGAUCCCUGUCAUGCUGAUGGGAAAGUUGGUGUCUCGGCGCAGCUAUGAGCACUGGGAGUAUCUGACAGCUGGCCUUAUCUCCAUCGGGGUUAGCAUGUUUCUGCUGUCCAGCGGACCGGAGCCCCACAGCUCCCCGGCCACCACACUCUCAGGCCUCAUCCUGUUGGCUGGAUACAUUGCCUUUGACAGCUUCACCUCCAACUGGCAGGAUGCCCUGUUCGCGUAUAAGAUGUCAUCGGUGCAGAUGAUGUUUGGGGUCAACUUCUUCUCCUGCCUCUUCACAGUGGGCUCCCUGCUAGAGCAGGGGGCCCUCCUGGAGGGGGUCCGCUUCAUGGGCCGGCACAGCGAGUUUGCUGCGCACACUCUGCUGUUGUCCAUCUGCUCCGCAUGUGGCCAGCUCUUCAUCUUCUAUACCAUUGGGCAGUUUGGGGCUGCCGUCUUCACCAUCAUCAUGACCCUCCGCCAGGCCUUUGCCAUCCUCCUCUCCUGCCUCCUCUAUGGCCACACUAUCACUGUGGUGGGGGGCCUGGGGGUGGCUGUGGUCUUUGCUGCCCUCCUGCUCCGAGUCUAUGCCCGGGGCCGUCUAAAGCAGCGGGGAAAGAAGGCUGUGCCUGUUGAGUCGUCUGUGCAGAAGGUGUGAGGGACCUGAAGGAUGAAGUGAAUAGGACCCACUGUACCAGUUUCCUCUCCUACUGUAACUUCUCGGAGGUGGCUGGCUCCAGGGCAAAGUGCAGGUUUCUCAGUAUUACAAACCAGCAUUGGGGGCAGGGAGCCCCGAGGCAGGCAGCCUUCCCCUUUGCCUUAGGCACCCCUUCCUCUAGAGGGCAGCAUUCUGGCAGUCCCCAGGUGAAGGUGAGGGGGGAGGUGUGGCUUGUGAGGAAGCAGCACUUAACAGAUCCCCUCCCACCAUUGGCCCCUACCGUGAAUAUCUACCCUCUCAGACUCAAGAGACCUGCACUUCAUCUCUGGUGAGAGAAGCACAAGCGCGGCACAGGCUCCACAUGCCAUUUUCCCAGGAGAGGAAGUGGAAGGUGCUGUGCCGUGGGAGGGGCUUGGCUGUCCUGCCCAGCACCACCUCCUCCCUCUGUGCUCCUGGAUCCCUAGGCUCUCCUUGAGCCUGUUGCAGGUUUUGGUACUUCGGAAAUGUAACUUUUGCUCUUAUAAUUUUAUUUUAUUAAAUUAAAUUGCUGCAACAGGCUUUAGUCCUGUGUUUCGGUUGACCUUCCACUUAAGGUGGGGUUAUGUCUAAUAAACCCAUCAGAAAUUGAAAAUGUGUUUAAAUACACCAAACAUCACAGCUUAGGCUAGCCCACCUGAAAACUCACAAGCUACCUUACCCUUGCGCCUCUCGUAGCUAGCCAUACUGUCAGCCCAGGAAAAGAUCAAAGCUGAAAAGUAGUUUCUCCUGAGUUCCCAUCAUGGUGCAGUGGAAAAGAAUCUGACUAAGAACCAUGAGGUUGCAGACUCAAUCCCUGGCCUCGCUCAAUGGAUCUGGGGUGGCUGUGGCAAAGGCCAAUGUGUGUAGCUCUGAUUAGACCCCCUAGCCUGGGAACCUCCACAUGCUGUGGGGUGCAGCCUUAAAAAAAAAAUUUCUACUGCAUGUGUGCUUUCAUGCUACCAUAGUAAAGUCAAAAAAUUGUUGUGAGUGGAAGGCCAUCUAUAUAUCCUUUAGGAAGGGGACUGAGUGUUGUACAGAUGGCAGCUCAAAACUACCGCUUGUCACAUAGUUAGCAGUAACCAUGUCCCCCAUGUACCAUGUGACUGUACUCAAGACUAGGGAGUGAGAAGCCAGGGAAACUCCAAAAGCAGUGUUGUAUAUACUUACGAGAGCGCAGAACUGUAUAAAACUGCAUCUUCUUUAUUUUGCAUACUUUAAUCUCAGAACAAAAUAAACGAGCACAGUACACGACACCCAAACCCAGUGUCAAAUGUGGGAAGGGUUAUUAGGGCUUGCGGCCCCUGUAGCCUGCCUUAGACAGAAAAACAAAUAAAACCACUAGACAUCAGCAGAGGAGACCAGGUGGGCUAGGGCCACUGGGGGCUGCUGCCAGGGGAGCCAAUGGGGACACUAUA